AUGUCCGAACGACCGGCAACGCCACCACGAGCGACUCGCUCAGCGGGCAAGCUUCCGCCUAAUCCUCCUACGCCCGAGCAGAUCAGGCGCAUGGAAGAGGCUCGUCUAAGGGCGAAAGCGGCAGCACAACAGACACAAACAUUAAAACCUUCACCAGCGCCGGUCGCAGGCACGAAGCGCGCAUACUCCUCUAUCACAGCCGCGCAAACUCCUGCAACCCUUCGUAAUGCUGCGGCAGCAUCUCCUCAGAAGCGCGACCAAAAUGGCUUCAUACAGCCACCCUCAAACGAUUACAUCCAGCCGGCGAAGAAAUACGCGAGAUCGGACUUCAUCGAAUAUGACUUCAGUAAAAUGACGGACACGAAGGGCGGUUUCCUGAGCACUGUAGACGAUCCGCAUAACAAGGCUAUGUGGAAAGGGCAACAGAAGGAAGAGCAAAAGCCAGAGGGCGUAUCAAUGGCAGAAUGGGAAAGGGAGCGUAUAAGACGGAAGCUUCGUGCCAACAGAGCCGGACCAUAUGAACCGGGUAUCUCCAUCCUGGACACAGUCAAUGGCAAAGAAGAAGAGGACGAGGAAGCUGCAUUGCUUGAAGCUGCUGAGAAUGCUGAGAUCGAAAGUGGAACAUUCAAAGGCAAAUACGGCGAUGGCAAGCGCGACGUAAAGGGCAAAUGUCGAGAAUGCACAAGUCUGGAAAUCGACUGGAAGUGGCAGGACAUAUUCGGCAUCGGCAUAUGCAAUAGCUGCAAGGAGAAACUACCAGACAAAUAUUCCCUCCUUACGAAAACCGAAGCGCGAGACGACUACCUUCUCACCGAUCCUGAACUCAAAGACGAAGAACUCCUGCCCCAUCUCGAACGACCAAACCCGCACAAACAAUUCUUCCACCCUAUGCAACUGUUCUUGCGCCUCCAAGUCGAAGCCUACGCUUUCAGUCCACAGAAAUGGGGCUCAGCAGAGGCGUUGGACGAGGAGUAUGCAAAGAGGCAGGUUGUGAGCAAAGAGAGGAAACAAAAGAAGUUCAAGAAUAAACUCGAGGACUUGAAGAAGAGGACGAGAGUGGAAGCAUAUAAACGGGCGCGGUUAGCAGGCGAUGGCGGUGAUGCACAAUUUGGACAGAAGAUCAAGGGCAGGUACGAUAGACAUGAGCAUGAGUGGGGAAGGAGCGUACUAGACCCUGAAACAGGCAUGACAAAGAAGAGGUGUGAGGAGUGUGGGAUGGAAGUCGAGGAGUUAGAGUUUUAA